AUGACAGCUGAGUCUUCUCUAGACCCGUCAUUCGGGUUCGGAUUUUCUUCAACUAAUAAAGCUUUAUCAUACACCAAAUGCAUAGAAUGCGGGAUACAAACGAGACCUGCAGUUUGGUGUAAGCAUUGCGAUCUUGCAAGGUUGAGAGAACAUUUUCGCAAUUGGACUAGCGGAGAUUUGGUAGUAGAUCAAUUUUUGGACUUUUUAGAAUGGAUUUAUUUCGACCAAUUUGUUUUCGAAAAAAAUAUUAACAAACGAGGCGCUUUCAGCACAAUUUAUUUCGCGACAUGGAUGGAAGGACCAAAAUGGAAAUUGGAUGAAGAGGCUGAAACAUGGGAACGUAACGGACUAAUUAAAGUUAUAUUAAAGCGAUUAGAUAAUUCACAAAAUAUGUGUCAAGAAUAUAUUAACCAACGAACGAACAUUAUUCCGACCGGAACAGGAAUAAAGGACGUGAUAACUCCUAGAUCUGUAUAUAAUAAAAUAUAUAGUAGAACUAAGGGAUCAAUCUCAUCUUAUAUGUUCGUUAUGAGAUAUAAUGAACAGGGAUAUUUAUAUGAAUAUUUUGAACUAUCUAUCGGGCUUCUUUGCUGGAAAGAUAUAAUAGAUAUGUUAUGGUCCAUAGCAGGUCUUAAUGAUAUUCAUGAAGCUGGUCUCGUCCAUGGACAUAUAUACGGAGGAAAUAUAUUAGUUGAAAACGAAGCAGACUCAAUAUACUCUAGAAUCGCGGAUUAUGGCUUUCACGAAUGGACAUCUGAAUAUUUUGAUCACCCAGUUACAAAACUACCACUUCCACAAAUUGGUCAAGAAGCUGAUAUUGGGGCUUGUUAUUCUGUUGGAAAGCAUUCUUUUUGUCUUCUUAUCGGUGAAGCUAAAAAUGAAAUUGGUGAAGGACAUGGAUGUUCAUAUAUACAAGCAUGUGCCUCAUAUGCUAAACAGAUUGGUGCUAAUACAAAUAAUACAAUACGUAAAAAUCUUAAUCCAUCUUUUAUUCUUUAUCUCUCUGGUCCUUACCUGGGUAUUGCUGGUGCU